CCUGCCACCCUGUGAUAGUAGUGAUCUGGUACCUAUCUGGUAUCGCAUAACUUCAGCACCUAGUUCGCUUGCUAAAUAUCUAUUUACUCCAAUGUUGUGGAGGACCUGAAGGCUGGUGGGAAAUUAUACGACAUGAUUAUUGACCACUUCACCACUAUGUAAGGGGGGAGAAUGGCUUUCCUUUACAACUAGGUUAUCACGCGCGCUGUUUCUCUGCAUAAAAAGCCAAAACAAGUGAAGCAAUGGAGGGAACUGAGUCAACAACAAGAGAGAGAACCACAGCAAAGGACGGGAAUAAGGCGGAAGACCAAGAUGUGUUGAUGUCCAGUAAACCAAUGCAUCGCUUCGUCCAAAGAGGGCCCAGAAGUCUUGGGAUUGCCAUUCUGAUUUUUGGCUGUGCCGAGGUCAUGAUGGGAUUUACGCUCUCCGGAGAGAGAAAACAAUUUUCUUCUUUUGGUAUCUACACUUCCUUCUGGCAGGGAACUCUGUUUCUUGUCUGUGGAAACCUGUCAAUCUACACUGACUUACGUCCAUCUAAGAAGAUGGUGACUGUGUGUUUGGCUAUGUAUGUGGUUUCCCUGCUUGGAAUCGUUGUCUCUGUUGGCUACAGGAUAAACCAGUGCUCCUUUUUAACGUACCUUACACACUCACACUAUAAUGAUAACUUAUCCACGAGGAACCGACUGAACCAGGUUUUUUUUAUUGAAGGGUUUUUGUGCACUUGCUCUCUGUUUGUGGCGGGACUUCUCAUCUUCUUGAGUGUCAUCGCACGUUUGGCUCUAAAAUCCACACGCACUCAGAUCAUUGUCAGGCACAUCAUCUCUCCACCGACCGACACGACUGCAACUUAAUCUCAGCCUUGUAAAGUAUUAUCCUACAAUAACUAACACUGGUUUUCCUGCGGUUUACUAACCCUGUGAGAGAUAUGCUGUACAGCAUAUAUCACAUGUGAAUGUGACACCCACUAGAGGCAGUCAUCUUCAAGCCCCAGCCACAGCUUCUUCUCUUAGUACUGUACAUGUUACUGCAGUAGGAAAAGCAUUAUAACCACAUUUAUUUGCUUUUGGUAAAGCUUGUUUUGGAAUCAAAAAGAUUCCUGUCUUGUGAUGUGAGAAAAGUAUUUGACAUGCACUUAUUUAGGGAUUAAAGUAACCACUAUUAUCUUAAGGAAAGCUUAUGUUUUUACUGUAUGGGUCAUACAGUAGUAAACACUAAGCUAAGGCUUUGAAUUAAAGCCUCAAGGCAAACAGGUCUGAUACUGGUACAAGGAUGAUGGUAUAACACCUAAUAUUAAUAUAUAUUCUUCAAACCAUUAUGUUGGGUAAUAUUAGUUAACACUGUUAUAUCCUUUUACAUAAAUAUAAAGAACUAUAUCAAAAUACAUCAACAUAUGUGAUUAUUCUCUACAUUACCUGCAUUGUUUUUAUUGUGCAGAAUAUGAGCAUCGUUUUUGAACUGUUUUGAUAAUCAAUGUGAACCUCUUUAUAUACUUAGCUGCAGUUAUUCCUGCUUUGUGAUUUAGUGACAGCACAGCACAUCCACCUGGGAUUGAACCUUUAGAGGAAUUAUAGUAUGUUUUAAUACAUUUGGCUUUUUAUAUCCUUGGAGACAACAUUUAUUUUAAGUCAUAAACGUAUGACUUAAUAGCUCACCAUUUUCAUCUACAUGACUUGUUGCCACUUUUUGCCUUUGAAUGUGUGAAAAAUAAAGACUUUUGAUUGAGUUUUAGCUUAUGUUGUGCACUAAAUGUAAUGAAUAUUGUCUUUGCUAAAUAAACAAUAAAAAGAAA